CCGGGUUCUUUCUGACCUGAACUGCUAGAGAAAUCCUCAAGUCUUCAACAAGUGACUGUGUGAAGUUGUAGAAGAAUGGCAUUUCCCGAAAAACGGCAAACUUUUAGCUGAAAUGUAAAACAACCCGUGCACAUGUGUCCAUCGUAAAACGCCGAAAUAAACUUCAUCUAGAGAGAAGGAUUUUAGCGUUUUUUUUUUUUUUGGGAGUUUUUAAAUAUAUUUUUCAUAAUCCUCGAUGGAGUACAGAGUGGGCGGCAUUCCAGCCAGUGACCUGCAGCAGGGCUACAUGCAGCACGACCGUAUGCUCAGAGCCCAGAGCAACGGGACCGGGAAAUAUGGAGUAAGCAUUCGUGUUCAGGGGAUUGACGGGCACCCCUACGUCGUGCUGAACAACCGGGACAGGGGGUCUCAGUACGGGGGUCCCGAGGAUGAUGGGUACAUGGACAGAGACACAGAGGGCUCCUUCAUUGACAACUACGAUGAGUACGACUUCAAAGGGAACGUCGAGCCACGCACUGGGAGUCCAUUUAUGGAGUACAGGUCCCAGAAGCAGAUGCAGUUUGUGAGCUCCCACAAUGGUGUGACCGAGUUCAGGGAGUCCCAACGUAAGUCUUCCUCCACCCUGCUGAACUUCCAGAAGCACCCAGAGCUCCUUAAGCCUUAUGACCCUGAAAGCAACUCCUUGAACUUGGACGAGUAUCGUGGCCUCCGUCCUCGCCCGGCCUCCUUUGCAGAGACAGGAACUCCAUACCAGAGUUCUCUUCCCAGGGCCUCCUCCCCAAUCGUCUCCCAUGCUAGGUCCUCCAGCCUGGACAAGCCUAGCACCCCAGAGCCCCCAGAGCGCUUGGAAAGAGUUCCACAGCUGCCCCAGGCCCAACCCCAGGUUAAAUCCCACCCUCAAGCACAACCACAGACCCCGCCUCAGAGUCCAGCUGUGGCUAACACCCCCAGUGACCCAUCCACCUGCAGAUCUCCCAGCAGCAGUACCAGCUCCAGCCUGGAGCGCGGUCGGCGUGAGCCAGAUGUCCUGCCUCUUCGCAGGCACGACUCCAGUGGCCCCGUGCUGCAAACCUCCACCUCCUCUGCUGCCAACAGGCCACUCCCUGAUGAGCACCAGCAGGAGGCACUCUAUGCCGACACGAUCAACCGGCACCAGAACCGCCGCUACAUCCCGUUCAUGCCUGGCACGGGUCGUGACAUCGAUACAGGAUCCAUCCCCGGUGUGGAUGAACUCAUUCACAAAUUUGAUGGUAAAGACAGUCCCCAGCGCAGGGGUCGAGCAGGGCGCAGGAACCGAAUCGACCCUGAGGACCGCAAGCGCUCUCGUAGUGUAGACAGCGCUUUCCCUUUCGGUUUGAGAGGGGAUGCAGACACCCUUUGCCAGGUCAGUAAGUGCCACGGCCGAUCUAUAGAACACGUGCUGCGCCCCUCCCAGCUCCGGCAGCAGAAAGGAGCUCAGUGCCAGGACCCCGGCCUGAAAGAGAACCCGUCCAACCCAGCCUCUCCUGCUGGGAGCAAAUUCAACAGCAGGGGCCCAAUGCAGUACAGCAGCGCUCCAGGUUCACCACAAGGCACAGUCGCCAAAGGAACAACCUCAGUGUUGGGGUACAGGAAAACACUGAGCAGGUCCUCCACGUUGCCAUCUGACGGGAAGGGAGAUGAUCAAGAAAAAUCUGCCCGAUCAGUCAAAGUGUUGACCAGCAUGACGGCAGCAUCUCUGUCCAAUUCUUCUGGGGGCUCUGGCAAAAAGCUCAGUUCAGAAAGGGAUGCUCAGGCAACUCCUGAUAUUUUGAAAGGUCAGGAAGAGCUUUCACAACAAACAAACGAAGAGACGGCAAAACAGAUAUUAUUCAAUUACCUCAAGGAUGGGAGUGCAGAUAACGAUGACACCACAAAGAAGAAGGUCAACCUGGUCUUUGAGAAAAUCCAGACGCUGAAGUCCAGGGCAGCAGGGAGCAUGCAGGGAGACUGUAAAGCCCCUGAUGAGACUACAGAGGUGACGGUGCUGCAAGAGCAGAGGGAUGAAUUGGAUAAAAAGGUCACAGAGCUGAAAAACCAGUUGGAGGAGGAAACGAAGAAGCAGAGGAGUCUCACAGAGGCUAGCGAGAAGGCGGGGGCAGACCUGAGGGAGGUGCAGGGGGAGCUGGAGAAGAGUCGAGAGGAGUGCGCCCGGCUCCAGGAGAAGCUCUCCAGCACAGAGGCUGAACUCCAGGCCACUCUGGAGGAGCUGUUCCAGGUGAAGAUGGAAAGGGAGCAGUUCCAGACAGAGAUCAGGGACCUGCAGGACCAGCUGUCAGAGAUGCAUGACGAGUUGGACGGAGCCAAGCGAGCUGAGACUGACAGCGGAGAGAAAGAGGCCUUGCUGGAGGACAUGAUGCAGCUAAAACUGGACUUCCAAGAGGUGCUGCUAGAGAAAGAGGAGCAGGAGGAGGUGCUGAGGAGGCGGGAGCGUGAGCUGACUGCCCUCAAAGGGGCCCUGAAGGAGGAAGUGGCCACUCAUGACCUGGAAGUGGAUAAACUGAGGGACCAGUAUGAGCAGGAAAUCUGCAAGCUGCAGACAUCUGUGGAGGAGGCCAAGCAGAGCAGUGUCUCGGCAUGUCGGGAGAAGAAGGAGUCCGAGAUGGUGCGAAGUGUGGCGGAGGACAGGGCGGGGCGACUGACCCAGGAGGGCGAGCGGCUGCGCAGGCGAGUCCAGGAGCUGGAGAACGAGGUGGCCAAACUCAACCGCAUCAUCGAUGAGGCCAAGCUGCAGGAGCGCCGACUGACUGAGAGACUGGGACGGCUGGAGAAAGAAAAGACGGAGCUGGAGGAGUCUCUUGCGGAGGUGAAGGAGCAGGAGGAGGAGUUGUUGCAUGCUAACAGAGCUUUAACCACACGCUUGGAGGAUGUGCAGAGAAACUUGACCAAACUGAACCACGACCACAAGGAUCUGAACGAGAGACUGAGGGAGGAGAAGAAUCAGAAGGAGCAGUUCAAGAAAACAAAGAACGAGAUCGAGGAGGAGCGGAGACUUCUUGACCGCACUGUGGAGAAGCUCCAGAAAGAGAUGAGCGACAUUGUGGACGCCUCUGAGACGUCCACCCAGGAGCUGCAGCUGCAGAUUGACGAGUACAAGGAGAAGAACCGCAGGGAGCUCACCGAGCUCCAGAGGCAGCUCCGAGACAAGGGGGUGGAGCUGGAGAAGUCCCGGCUGGCGGCCAAGAAACUGCAGGAAGAGCUGUCCCUCCUGGAGGAUGACCUGCGGCAGUGUAAGAGGGAGCGGGACGACAUGCUGGAGAGGGGGAAGAAUCUGGAGCAGAGUGUGCUAGACCUGGAAGCAGAGGUGGACGCCAAAUCGCACGCCAAGGACGACAGGUCUCGGCAGAUCAAGCUCAUGGAGGACAGGAUUACUCAGCUGGAGCAGGACCUGGAAGAGGAGAGGGCCAGUGGGGACCUGCUGAUGGACAGAAUUGACCGGGGACGAGAUCAGGCGGAGCAAAUGAGGAAUGAACUCCUGCAAGAGAGGGCUGCCAGACAGGACCUGGAGUGUGACAAGAUCGCGCUGGAGAGACAGAAUAAAGACCUGAAAAGCAGAGUGUCCCACCUGGAGACCUCCCAGAAAUCCAACAAGGAGGGCCGUGUGUCCCAGCUGGAGUGCAGGAUUCAGGAGCUGGAGGAGAGGCUGGAGGGAGAGGAGAGGGACCGUGCCAACCUGCAGCUGAUGAACCGCAAGCUGGAGAGGAAGGUGAAGGAGAUGAUGAUGCAGGUGGACGAUGAGAACCACUCGCUGCAGGACCAGAAGGACCAGCUGAACCUGCGCCUGAAGGCCUUGAAGCGGCAGAUGGACGAGGCGGAGGAGGAGAUCGACCGGCUGGAGCACGGCAAGAAGAAGCUUCAGAGGGACCUGGACGAGCAGCUGGAGGUCAACGAUCAGCUCCAGGGCCAGCUCAAAGCCCUGCGCAAUGAGAUGAGGCGCAAGAAUGCUCCUGUCUCGUUACUGCAUAGUCUUGAUGAUGACGAUGAUGAUGACCUCAGCACCGAUGGGGAGAUAUACUACAGUUCUACAUCUGGGUACAAAAGGUCCAGCCAGGACCCCACUGCAUGAACAUGUUGUUUUGGUGAUGGACACUGCAUGUAGCUGGACCCCAGUCUGGGCUGGUCCAGGUGACGGGGAAAAUGGAACGACUGGAACGACACCCCACAAAGCCCGUCUGGCCCUGUGCUGGCAUGGGUGUGGCCUGAGUGCAUCAUAACACUCCACAGAGUCUAAUGCCUGGUUACAGUAUGCUUACAGGCUUGAAUUUCAUUUCCUGUUUAGGAUAAACUAAUACCUUCAUUCUUAUUAUUAUUAUUGUUAUUAUUAUUAUUAAGCUUUAUGUCAAGUAUAACAUCCUAGUUUAAGUUCAAUAAAUGGUCAUUUUAAAUUUUGUACAUAAAGAAAAAUCACAACCACUUUUUGUUUGUAUCCAACUAUUGCUCUAUGAACUGGAAAACAAACUGUGAGGCUUUGUUAAUUCAGAAUGAUAUAUUUAUUUACUGUUGACUAUAUGACGGAACUAGAAAGUGAAGGUGCAUGUUUUUAAGGGAAAUUGACAUGAGGGAUUAAUCAUAUUACAAUUCAUUUUAAUUCAUUUAUGAAAAUACAAAGUCAUUUUUGGAACUUCUAAUAAAUGCAUGCGAUUUUGAAACUGCAAACCCACAAAUACAAGUAAUCCAUUUCAUUUAUGUAAAAACCUUUCUUGAAAAGUUAUUUAUAAAAAGAAAAAAUUAAAUGAAUAAACAAGGCUAAGUUUAAUGUCAACCCGCUGAACCAAAUUAAUGCAUGAUAUAAAAGUACAUAGAAAUGAAAACCAUGUAAGCUUGCUGAUUACUUCAAUGGCCUCAUACCAUGCCAUUGUAUAUAACAGUUUUAUUCAGGUUUAUAAAUCAGGUCUAACAAACUGGAUGAUGAUUUAUGUGACUGACCUUCAUUUAUUAAACAAAAAAGAAUAUAUUUAUAUUUUAAUGACAGUUUCAUUUCACUCAGCUGGAAAAUGUUUGACUAAAAUGUCCUUGAUCUUUCUCUGGCCAGCUUGUUUUGUGCUACAGAAAUAUGACACCUUCACAAUUAGAAGGCAAUGUUCUUAACUUCACAGCUAAGUCAGGGUUUCUCAAUAUUAUGCUCUAAACAUUCCUUUGAAAUUGAAUUAGCCCUCCUACCAACCUUACCUUUCAAAAUAAAAAACGUGGGAAACUGUUGCAGUUAUCUCCUAAGGUGAGUUUGGUGACAGAAAACACAGUAUUAACUUUUGGUCCAGUCCACCUGCUUCCAUAAAGAAAAGUGUAUGUGUGUAUGUGCGUGUGUGGGGGCAUGUAUGUCUGCAUGUGGGCAUGCAUGCGUGCAUGCUGGUCUGUGUGUGUGUGUGUGCGUGCGUGCACGCACAUUUGUGUGCAUACAUGCAAACAUAUUUUGUGUAUUGGGGUGACUCUUCUGCAAGUUUUGUAAUGAGGGAGUUUCUGUAGAAGUGCUAUAUUGACAAUCGCUGACCUGUUUCAACACUGUGAUGAUUUGCACUGUUUGUUGGCUUCAUUUAUGGAUGAGCCAAACACCACCAUUGCCAUUUAGGGCAGAACAAGCUUUUAGUUCUGACUCCUUGAUUCAUUUAGGGAAGGAGUUAAGAAGGAAAAAAAAAACAAAAAACUUGCCACUACCUCUGUACUUAACUAUAUUGCAACCGUGCAAAGGCUUAAAACUGUGUCAAUGUAUAAUAAAGUUGUUAUUAGCUAAA